AUGUUGAGACCUGCUUUCAGAAACGUACGCACUCUUGCCACCUUCUCUUCCCCAGAAGCUGUGUUGCCAAAGAAAUAUGGCGGUGUAUACACCGUCACUUUGAUUCCUGGUGAUGGUAUCGGUAAGGAGAUCACCGAUUCCGUCCAGACCAUCUUCAAGGACCAGCGUGUUCCAAUUAACUGGGAUGUUGUCGAUGUGUCCGGUUUGAGCGAGGACUCUGAGGGAGUUACCGAGGCUGUCAACUCCUUGAAGAGAAACAAGGUUGGUUUGAAGGGUAUUUUGUACACUUCUACCUCCGCUAACUCCAAGUCUUUGAACGUUGCUUUGAGAAAGGAGUUGGAUAUCUACGCUUCUUUGGUUUUGAUUAAGAACAUCCCAGGUGUCAAGGGAAGAUUGGACGGUAUCGACUUUGCCUUGGUCAGAGAAAACACUGAAGGUGAAUACUCUGGAUUGGAACACCAGUCUGUUCCAGGUGUUGUCGAAUCCUUGAAGAUCAUGACUAGAUUCAAGUCUGAGAGAAUUGCCAAGUUCGCCUUUGACUUCGCUAAGAAGAACAACAGAAAGUUGGUUACUGCUAUCCACAAGGCCAACAUCAUGAAGUUGGGUGACGGUUUGUUCAGACAGACUGUGAAGGAUGUUGGUCAGGACUACCCAGGUAUCAACGUCAGCGACUUGAUUGUGGACAAUGCAUCCAUGCAGGCUGUUGCUAAGCCAGAGCAAUUCGAUGUCUUGGUUACUCCAAACUUGUACGGUACCAUCCUUUCUAACAUUGGUGCCGCUUUGAUCGGUGGCCCAGGUUUGGUUCCAGGUGCUAACUUCGGAAGAGAGUACGCUGUCUUCGAGCCAGGUUGCAGACACGUUGGUUUGGACAUCAAGGGCCAGAACACUGCCAACCCUACUGCCAUGAUCUUGUCUGCUACCAUGAUGUUGAGACACUUGGGCUUGAACGAGCAUGCUGACAACAUUUCUCGUGCCACUUACGACGUCAUUGCCGAGGGUAAUGUGAGAACUAAGGACAUCGGUGGAACCUCCACCACUACUGAGUUCACUGAUGCUAUUUUGGCCAAGUUGAACGCUUAA